AUGGCGCAGAGAAUGACUAUGCGAAAUUCUAUCAUUGGAUCCAAUAAUUUCCGUGUUACAGUGAAGGCGCACAAGUACUGCGAGUUGAACGGCACAUGGUUCCGGCAUCCCGAAUCUAAUCAAAUAUGGAGUAAUUACACAACUUGCGUGAACCUACAGGAUCUGAGCUGGCAGCAAAGCAUAAAUGGAAUCUACGAGGUGGGAUACGCGAUAUCCUUGGUAGCUCUAUUGCUUUCUUUAGGAAUUCUCACGUACUUCCGGUCUCUCAGAUGUGCGCGGAUCACGCUGCAUAUGAAUCUAUUCACCUCGUUCGCAGUCAACAAUGCCUUAUGGUUGAUUUGGUACAGAUUCAUAGUAGCGAAUACGGAUCUAUUACUUAAUAAUGGCAUACCAUGUCGCGUUCUGCACGUGCUCCUUCAUUACUUUCUAUUAACAAACUACGCUUGGAUGCUCUGCGAAGGAUUCUAUUUGCACACGCUGCUAGUGAGCGCAUUCACUAGUGAGCACAAAUUAGUGAAUUGGUUGAUGGGGCUCGGGUGGCCGGUGCCAGCUGUAAUUGUCACCUUAUACACAGCAUUACGUGCAUCCAGCGAUAAUCCUUCAGACACCGAACAGUGCUGGAUCAAUGAGGGCAGCUAUAUGAACGUGCUGAUUUAUCCCGUAUGCGUUUCCACUAUGUUGAAUCUGCUUUUCCUAUUUAAUAUCGUGCGAGUUCUUCUCAUGAAGUUACGUGCCGGUCCCGCCAUUGGAACGCGCCCUUCACGAUCUAUGCUGCAAGCUUUCAGGGCCACGUUGCUUCUAGUGCCUCUCUUGGGUCUUCACUAUUUAGUAAUUCCAUUUCGGCCGCCAAAGAAUCAUCCUUGGGAAAACUUUUACGAGGUGCUUUCUGCAAUCACAGCUUCUUUCCAGGGUCUCUGUGUGGCUGUGCUUUUCUGCUUUUGCAACGGGGAGGUAAUAGCACAAUUCAAGAGAAAGUGGGAUGGCAGCGUCCUUUUGCGAAAACGAGCCAAUUCCUGCACGGCCACAACAGUCUCGGUCCGAUGGCGGGAGAGGAGAAGGUGUGACUAUCAGCCGGCAGCGUCGGCGGUGCCGGGGGACGAUGACUGCAACAAGCGAUUGACGGGCGAGGACCAGCAGCUGCAGCAGCCACAGCAGACCGUGCAGGUGAUUGCCGCGAGUCGGCCGGGUAAUUAUGGCAAUAACAACCACACGCGGGUGCUCAUCAAACGCGACGGCGGCGGUGGCGGCGGCGGCAGCGGCGGCGGCGGCGGUGGCAGUGGCGGUGGCGACGACUCUUCUCAUGACGAGUGCGAUCAGACGCAGUGUUGA